AUGGCACCUAAGAAUAUCCUCGUUCUUAUUGCCGACGACCUUGGUCGCGAGCAAAUGAGCUGCUAUGGCGGUCCGACCUCCCUGACCCCGAACCUCGAUGGCCUCGCCGCAUCUGGCACACGAUUUACGAACGCUUUUGCUAGUACUGCAUCCUGCUCCGGCUCCCGCACCACGAUAUAUACGGGCCUCCACACCCACCAAACCGGCUCCUACGGCCUCGUUGGCGAAAUGAACGGUUUCCAAACCCUCCCACAAAUCGUCACAGCUCCCAAACUCUUCAACGACCUCGGCUACAAAACCGGCAUCAUCAACAAAGUCCACGUCGGCCCGCCAGACGUCUACCCCUGGAGCGUGCGAACAAUCGAAGAGCGGGGCGGCGAGAGCCGCGACGGCGCCAUGAUCGCCGCCCGCGCCUCGCAGUUCCUCAGCGACGCCAAAGCCGAAGCGAAGCCCUUCUUCCUCACAAUCGGCUACACAGACCCGCACCGCGCGCUCGGCACCCGCGGCGGCUUCGGCAACGUCGAGGGCAACCACUCGCCCCUCCUGCACGACCGCGUGUUCAAGCCCGACGAGGUGCAAGUCCCACCAUUCCUGAGCGAUCUACCCGAGGUGCGGCAGGAGCUCGCGGAGUACUACCGCGCGAUCCACCGCCUCGACCAGUCCAUCGGCCUCGUGCUCUCCGCGCUGGAGAAGAGCGGGUUGGGGCAGGACACGCUGGUGCUGUUUCUAAGCGACAACGGCCCCCCCUUCAUCAACUCCAAAACCACCCUCUACGACGCUGGCAUCCACCUCCCCUUCCUGCUCCGCAUCCCGGGCGCCACCCCAGGCGCCGUCAACCCGAACCUGAUCUCCUACGUCGACGUCCUGCCCACGCUGCUCGCGUACGCCGGGCACGACGACCUCAACACCGGCGCCGCAGCCGGCCCGCGCCGCGGCCGCUCGAUCCUCCCAAUCCUGAGCUCACGCGCUGAGGAGGAGGGAUGGACAGAGGUUUACGGGAGCCACACGUUCCACGAGGUGACGAACUACUGGCCGACGCGGUACCUGCGCACGGGGCGAUGGAAGUAUCAUCGGAAUGUGUGCUGGAAGCUUGAUUUCCCGUUUGCGAUGGACCUGUACGCGAGUCUGUCAUUUGAGGGGAUCAGGAAUAGCACGCCGCCUGUGAUCGGGCAGCGCUCGCUCAAAUCAUAUAUACAACGCCCCGCGGAAGAGUUGUAUGACCUCGAGGCGGACCCGCUCGAGGUAAACAAUCUCGCGGCAGAUCCGGCGCAUAAGGAGGUGUUGGUGGGUUUGAGGGCGAGGUUGGAGAACUGGCAGGAGGAGACGAGGGAUUUGUGGCUGUGGAGGGAUGGGACGGCAGUUAGGAGGUAUCGGAAUUGGGAGGGGUAUGGAAGAGAGGGGUUGACGAUUCCGGAUCGGUUUGAUUUCGACGUGGAGAGCCCGGGGACGAAAGGAGUGGGGAUUUAUGAGCUUUGA